AUGAAUACAUCCGUGGUCUCCUUCAUUGCAUCGGAACUGAAUGUCGAUUCCUCUACGGUCAUGUACAGGGCUGGUCACACUUCUGAGAACAAUAUAAGUUACGCAUAUGCGAAGCAGUAUCAUGAUGGCAUUCCGUUCGCCAACGCUGUUGCCAAUGUCGCUUUCAAAAAGGGCAACGCCGUUUCAUUCGGGUCGUCAUUCGUAGAUACAUCGAACAUCGCUUCCUCUCAGCCUUCUAUAGAGCUAGAUUCGAUCAUCAGCAAAGUCGAGGAUGCGUUCUCUGCCACCUACAGCGGCAUCAACUCCCUCGAAUAUUUAGCCCUCGCAGACGGAUCCGUCGCCCUUACUCAUGUAGUCCAAGUCCUGAACGUCGACGCCCACACAGCCUAUGAAGCAUUUGUCGACGCCCAUUCAGGAGACAUAAUCGGUCUCACCGACUUUUCUGCCCAGGCUACGUAUACGGUCGUACCAAUAAACAGGACAUCUGUCGCAGAAGGCGAGCUAACUCUUGUUAACCCUGAGGACUCAACAUCUUCUCCUCAAGGCUGGGUACAGAAUGGAGAAACCGCCCCAUUGAUGCUUCGCAGGGGAAACAAUGCCAUCUCCUUCCAGGGAGUUUUGCUUACUACAACGAAGCAGUCCUCGAACAACACAUUCAACUACCCAUACAAUACAGCCGUCGGCCCUCUAAUCGGCGGAAACAUCGACGCUGCUCGCACCAACGCUUUCUACGUCGUCAACAAAGUCCACGACUUUGCGUACAAGUACGGAUUCACCGAGGCUACUUAUAAUUUCCAGCAGGACAAUUUUGGUAAAGGAGGACAGAGCGGGGACCGUGUGCAGGUGUCUGUACAAGACGUUGGUGAGCUCAAUAAUGCGGAGUUUAUUGCCCUUCCCGAUGGUCAGCCCGGUUCCUGCCGCCUAGGUAUCUGGGACUCUACAAUUCCCAAUCGUGAUGCAGACUUGCAGAACGAUAUAAUUGUUCAUGAAAUUACUCAUGGGAUUAGUAAUCGCUUGACUGGGGGCGGCACGGUUAGGUGCUUGCAGACAACAGAAUCUCAAGGGUUAGGCGAAGGAUGGUCGGACGCGAUGGCAGAGUGGACUCAACAGAAGAACGGCACUAUUUCUGACUAUGCUCUUGCGGCUUGGGUAUCAAACGAUCCUGAUGGAAUCCGCCACUAUCCCUACUCCACGGAUCCCAGAGUGAACCCACUCCGGUAUUCUUCCCUUCCUAGGGUAGCCUACUCCGUUCACUAUAUCGGCGAGGUAUGGGCCAACAUGUUACAUAAUGUAUAUGCGGCCCUAGUCCAAGCCCACGGAUGGUCAUCGACAGCCAUGGAUGAUGCAACUGGCCCCGAAGGAAAUAUAGUUUUCCUUCACCUCUUCAUGGACGCGUUACAACUCCAGCCCUGCAACCCUACAUUCGUGGACGCCCGAGCUGCGUGGAUCCAAGCUGAUGCGCUCCGUUAUGACGGAGAUAACAAUUGCAUUCUCUGGAACGCGUUCGCGAGUCGCGGUUUGGGAAUGUCGGCGGCAGACUACGUGGACGAUUCUACGGUUCCCGCUGGUUGUUAA